AUGACCGAUUCUAAGUAUCGAGCUCUUGCCAAAGAGUUCUGGCGUAUUGCCAACUAUUCGGCUUUCACCAUCAUCGACACGGAACCGGCUCCAGUACUGGGCAAGGGCAAGAAAACAUCAAAACGACCAAGAGCGACAAAGACUAAGAGAACCCAGGAAGGGCCAACACAGGAAAUGGAAGAAGGCCCACCCCAAGCAGUGCCGCGGAAGAAGAGUCCAGCGAAUGAGCUGCCAACUGCCGCUCAGAAGGCAGAUAAGAAUGGAACACCUAUGAAGUCAGGAAAAUCCGUGAAGCGAGUUUUGUCGAAUCCUAUCGUCACACCAGUCACGGAUGAUGAGUUUCCAACGGAAGAAGAAGGCGAGAAGAAGAACAAGACCGAAAUUGCUGAGCCGAAAACGGCCCCUGAAAAGAAAAUGCAAAGGAAAGUGGCACAAGUGGUGGACUACAAGGGGAAAAAGAAAAAGAAAGGAAAAGAU